AUGAUUCUGCUGCUGGCAUUUGUCUGCGUUGUCCAUUCUUGCGGAUUCCUGGCACCUAUGAUGAGCGGCUGUGGUGGUGGAUGUGCACCACCGCCACCAUUUUGCGGGUGUGGAAGAAAGAAGCGCUCGAUAGCAAAGCCUGUAUUCUACGGAAUCGUUGGCAAAGACGAUGAUGUUCUCUGCAACCAUCCAGAGCUAAAGAAGCUUAUUCGAGAUAACAUGCAUCAAGAAAUGGAGAACUCUUCAAAAGCUCUACAAACUGCUUUGGAGCAAAAGAAUGCUCAGCGUUAUGUGGUAGUAUGCACGGAGACGUCAUUCGUUUAUUCGAUCCGACCAGAUUUAAUCUAUUGCGGGGCCAAAAAUCACAACCAUUAUUGUCACAUCUUUGCCAUAUAA